AAAUAUUCUUAAUGAAUUUAAAACUCUUUUAUUUUCUUAUAAUUUAUUAUCAGAAUUAGCAAGCUCUAUGGUUUUAGAUGAACCCAUGGAUAUUAAUUUGGUACGUCGUCCAGCUAAUGAUCUUACAACUGCUGAAUGUAGAAUUAAUAAUAUUUUAAUUCCUAAAACAGUAUUGGAUGGAGGUUCUCAGAGUACUUUUUUAAGUAAAAAACUAGCAAGGCGUCUUAGAUUAAAAAUUGAUACAACCAAUCCUCCAUCUCUUGAGGGAGUUGCCACUAAUGCUAGCUCAUAUGGAUGGUGUUAUAAUGUACCAAUUACAUUUUCAAAUAGAGCAUUAACAAGAGAUACAGAUUAUACAAUGAUACAUGAUGUAAUAGUUAUUGAUUAUGACAAAUAUGCUUUGAUUAUUGGCACUGACUGGCUUGAUCUUGCUGGAGGUAAAGUAGACUAUGAAAAGCAUGAAUUUAGAGUUGGCAAUACAUUUGUUCCUAUUUCAGUUCACAGAUCAAAUAUUAAA